AUGAAUGGUAGCGGUUGCCAAGGCGCUCAAUUUUCCGUCCUCCCGCAUCAAUAUAUAGGUGUGCGCUCGAAUAAAUGUCGACUUGGAUUUGCCCGCCCACCGCUCAAUCCUGUUUUUGCUACGACAUGGACGCAUUCGGAGGGAUCGGAUCCAUUUGCUAAACCAUACAAGCCAAUAAACUAUGUCCCCGCUAAUUAUACGAUUCUUCAAUCGAUAACAAUCGACUCAUCUGAAUCGAAAGGUAUUCGACAAGCAAACAAACCAGAAUCAAUUGGUACAACUCGACCGCGUGUGCUCUUCAUCGGAUCGUAUCCAUCGCGUCAAUGUGGUUUAGCCAAGUUCCUGCAAGACUUAACGGGUAGCUAUCAAGGUCCUUACAGUGUCGUGGCCGUGGAUGAGGAUGGAGUAGAACCGUCGGCUCGGAACUACUCGCAGGAUAUCGUCUUUCGCCUGAAGCAAAACGAACGAGACGAUUACUAUGCCAUUGCCGAGAUGGCCAACUCAGAAGCAUAUGAUGUGAUCAAUGUGGAACAUGAAUACGGUCUGUACGGUGGCAUGAGUGGUGAAUACAUAGUGAUUCUUUUGGCUGCCAUAAGAAAACCUGUAAUCGUCACGAUGCACACGAUCCUAUCAGAACCGAACCCGUUUUAUCUGAGUUUGACACGGGCCAUCGUUGCCACAUCGACGCGCAUCGUCGUACUUUCGACUCACGGUCGGCGACUUCUCGCCGAUGUUUACGGAGUGAAUGAGGCGAAAAUUUCCGUGGUUCCUCAUGGCGUGCCCGAUGUUCCUUUUGCUCACACAUUAAACGAAGCGAAGAUCAAAUUGGGUUUUGAAGCAGAUCGUCCGAUCAUGGCCACAUUUGGCUUAUUGCACCGAAAUAAGAAUAUCGAACUGGUCUUGAAAGCGAUGCAGAGUGCUGUUGAAUCUGUCCCUAACAUUCUCUACUUAGUGCUCGGUCAAACCCAUCCACUGAUCAAAUUGAAGGAAGGUGAGACUUAUCGUCGUGAACUUGCAAGUAAUGUCACCGCAUUCAGGUUGACCGAAAAUGUGCAUUUUGUCGACAAAUAUCUGGAAGACAAUGAGCUCCUUUCGUAUCUGAGUGCAUCUGACAUUUAUAUCACGCCUUAUGCCAAUGAAGAUCAAUAUGUUAGUGGAACUUUGAGUUGGGCAGUGGGAUUGGGCAAGGCUGUGGUGUCAACGCCCUAUUUAUGUGCAAAAGAACUACUGGCUGACGGACGCGGUUUUCUCGUUCCAUUCGGAGAUCACAACGUUCUUUCGUCAACCAUCGUUAGAUUGACUCAAGAUCAAGAAAUACGCGAUGGAGCUCGUCGUAAAGCCUACAAGUUUGGCCGUCAAAUGACCUGGUCAAAUGUGGCUGAUGAACACGAGCACGUCUUUCGCGAAGUACUUCUGUAUGCUUGA